AUGUAAAUCGCCGGUAAUUAAAAAAAAUAAUAACUUUUUUAAAAGUAUGUAAAUCGCCGAGGCGCCAUAUAAAAUAUCACGCGGCGAGAUUGUAGUUUUCAAAUAAUAUGGACCAGUCACGGAUACGUCGCGUUAUUAUGCAAGUGUUUCUGUAAAUGUAGACAUUAGCUAAUGUUACCUAGCUACGUUAGCUGAAUAAAAAACGAUAGCAAGUCACAGGUAAGUGUUUUAGCUCAUGUUAUCCAGCCCCGUUAGCUGUAUAAGUAAGAAUAUGGAGUCACAGGUAAAAGUGUUUUAGCUAAUGUUAGCCAGCCACGUUUGCUGAAUAAAUAAGAAUAUGUCGUCACGGGUAAGUUUUUGAUAUGGGUGAGCAAAGAGGUUUGGACUCAGGUGACUCCAAACUACACACUCUUGGACGUUACCUGCUAAUUGCAACGCUUUAGCUACUCCAUUCCUCUAGGUGGGGGUAGUUACAUUUGCAAUUGCAAAGGGCCAGCAAAGUAACACAAGGGAGAAAGGGAUCUUGCAAGAACGUCGCUGGUCAUGGUUUUGCACUCGCUUUUCUCCUUAUAAUCAACUUUUUAGCUGCAGUGCAGCUGACAUCCUUAGACAUGUACCGCUCCAUUGAAAGGAUCAUAUACAGUGGAGGAAGAGUGUGCACAUUUAUGCCCCCUUACUCGCAGUCACCAUUGUGGAUGUUGAGAGGCACGGCAGAGCAGGAGCGAUACAGGAUGGCAGUGCAAUGUCAGCGGUGUUCAGUCCGACAUAUGAACUCUGCAACCAGAAAGAGGAGAGCUCUUCGUAGUGCCUUCCCGGUGUUAGACCUGCCCCUCCAGGCCAUCCACCAGCACGUUUAUGAAGCUAACCUUCGAAACAGCAACACCUGCCACAACAAGUACAUGGAGCUGAAUAAGAAGGUGACUAAAGGAGGAGGUGACAAUGCCAUUAUAAGACACACUCAGAGGAACAGGAAGUUGUUGGCUAAGGAUCGACUGUGCCUACUAUUGGAUGAUGAGGACUUCCUAGAGCUGUCACGCUUUGCGGGUUUGGGUCUGCCAUAUGGAGAUAUUCCGUCUGCCGGCUGCCUGACGGGUGUUGGCAGGAUCAAUGGUUUGUGGUGUGUGUUCAUUGCCAAUGAUGCCACAGUAAAGGGUGGCACAGCUUAUCCGAUCACAGUUAAGAAGCAACUGCGAGCACAAGAGGUGGCGAUUCAGAACCGCCUGCCCUGUGUCUAUCUGGUUGACUCUGGAGGAGCUUUUCUACCACUGCAGUCAGAGAUCUUUCCUGAUAAGAACCAGGGUGGGAGGACAUUUUAUAAUGAAGCCAUCAUGUCUGCAAUGAAGAUUCCACAGGUGUCGGUGGUGUGCGGUUCAUGCACAGCGGGUGGAGCUUACAUCCCCACCAUGGCAGAGGAGGCGGUGAUGGUGCACCGGAUAGGGACCAUGUUCCUGGGAGGACCGCCACUGGUCAAGGCUGCCACAGGCGAGGAAGUCACACCAGAGGAUCUUGGAGGAGCAAGGCUUCAUGCUGAGGUGAGUGGCUGUGUGGAUCACUUUGCCUGGGAAGAGAAGGAGGCCUUUGAAUGCACCAGGAACAUCAUAGCCACCCUCAACUUCACACUGCCUGAGGAGGAGGAGGAUGAAGAGAAGAUCAGGAAGAGGAAAGAAGAAGAGAAGCCACUUUAUCGUUCAGAGGAGCUACUUGGACUUGCCCCCAGAAGUUACAACUACAGUCUGGAUGUUAAAAUGGUUAUAAGUCGACUGACAGACGGCAGCCGCUUCCAGGAGUUUAAAGCUUGUUUUGGAACCACACUUGUCACUGGCUUUGCAAAGAUACACGGUCACCUGUUAGGAAUAGUAGCCAACAAUGGAGACCUGUCAUAUCAGGCUGCUUUGAAAGGCAGCCACUUUGUCCAACUUUGUGACCAGAGAGAUGUCCCACUCCUCUUCCUCCAGAACACUGCACCAUCAGCCGGACUCACCCUCUCAGUGUCACAGGCAGAGAUGAACAGUAACCGUCUAAAGGCUCAAGGUUCAAUGAUGUCAGCGGUGGCCUGUGCUUCUGUACCCAAAAUCACUGUAGUGAUAGGUGGUUGCCAUGGUGCUGACAGCUAUGCAAUGUGUGGACGGUCUUUUGACCCUAACUUCCUGUUCCUGUGGCCCAAUGCAAGAGUGUCCAUGACUGCUGCCGGUCAUGUUGGCCCUCUGCUUCACUCGGACAGUGAGAAGCAGCAGGAGGAGGAGCUGGAGCGAAACAAAAUGGAGGACAACCUGAACGCGACAUUAGAGGAAGAGAGCUCAGCUUUUUUCUCCUCUGGACGACUUUGGGAUGAUGGAGUCAUUCUCCCUCAAGACACUCGAAGGGUUCUUCGGAACUGUAUGAACAUCAUCAAACAGCAGCACAAUCAACUUUCGACAGAGAAACUGCAAUCAGCACUUCUACGAUUUUGAAAUGUCUGUUGUACAAAAUAAUUUUGGUUUAAAUUGUAAUUAUUUAAUGUCAUCAUUUCUGUUGAACAAGUGCCUCUUCUUAGAUUACAGUAUAGCUUAUGUUGUAGGAGAUAAUGUAACUUGUUUCAUUUUGCAUAUCCCAGCCGACUUAAGGUGAGAGGCAAAGGACAACCUGGACUAGUUAACAUUACACCUGUAGUUAAGUGGUCUCAAAACUGUGUUUUAAGUUAGACAGAAUAUUACCAGUGGGGUAUUCUUGCCCUGAAUGCCUCCAGUGACUUCAUGUUGAAGAAUGAUUUGUAUUGUUUUAGAAAAGUACGUGGUUCUGCAUGCCGUCCCUCACGUACUGCCUUUAUUGACAUAGAAAUGUAUUUUCCUUAUGCUCCCAAAUCAGCCCAGUAGCGGUAAUGACACCACAAAAUAUCAAAUAUGUAUAUCCAAUAAUGUGUACUACAAGUUGACAGUGACAGUACAGAGUAUUUGGCCUCAAAAUGUGCCCAUAAGACCUGUUUACGUUGUCAAGUGUUUUAUCAUUGCUCGUAAAGCAUCUCAAUCACCGGAAUAAAACCCUGUUGUAACAUU